GUCGUAAGGUCGCAGGGUGGUCAGCGACGGAGAUUCGCCGGCAAAAGAUAAGGCUCUGAUACCUCUGAUACCCCACUAAUUUGUACCUUAUCUGCCCUAUCUACCUAUCGGUGGUCGGCCCCACAAGAUUGUGUUGCGUCACAAUAGCCGCCUUUGAGCCCAUGAUAGUGUACAUACAAUAUACAUGAGCGUUGCGUCCGUUGCGCACCAAAGUCAUCCGUCCCCCAAACUUUCUUACCAGAAACAACAAACGAAGAAGACCCCUUUUGAUUUUAUUUGUUUGCCGAGCUGGCUAAACAAUUACAACUACAACACUUGAAUUCAUUUCUCGAGAAUACCAGACCAUUCAUAAUCUUCCAUCCAUGCCAUUGUUCCAGGCAAACAACGAACAAGGAGUUCAGGCUGGACCACUGUGUUCCGAGGUUUCUUAAGUUUCGUUAUUUCUCCCCUUCGUUUUGCUUCCCAAUAACGAGAUCGUUUCUAUCGCACACCUACUACUAUUCUACCGGCACCUUUGACGAUAGGAACUCGACUUAAUCCCGCCGACCGAGUAUCAUUCUUCCGCACCGAGUCAUAUUCACAUUCGAUCCUUCCACCUAACUCCGCUGAAUCAUCCCUUCGCCUUCGAUCCCGACUCCGAACAAACCCAUUCACAUGGACACCAUGGACGAAGACGUAGAGCAGUUCAUGGCCAUCACCGGCGUAGCACGCGAACAAGUAGCUCGCGGCUAUCUCGAAAUUUCAGGUGGGGACCCUAUGCAGGCCAUCCAGCUAUUUUUCGAGAAUCCAGAGCUUCAAGCGAGCUUUAAUGCGCCCGGUGCUUCCUCGACCACUGCUACAUCGACGGCAAGACAACCUAGCACGAGUCGAAGCCAAGGAUUUACCGGCCGCGAAGAUGCCCGGGGCGUUAUUCACAUAGAUUCAGACGACGACGACGAUGACGUCCAGAUGGCGGACCAUGAUUUCGGCGUACCGGAUGACGAUGACGAUGAUGUCGCAGCGAUAGCGAGGAAUGCACAGGAAGAAGAGGAUGAGGCGAUGGCGAGGCGAUUGCAGGAUGAGUUAUACUCGGAGAACCACGGGUCGACGGAUGGAGUACGAGCUCCGAUAGCGCAGACGACUGAGACACUCGCGGCGCCCGACCCUUCGUGGGGUCUAGAAGACGACCGAGAAGCCGCUGUUCUAGAGCAACUACGUCACCGACGACGAGCGGCUCAGGGUGGUUCCAGCGCCAACCCUUUCAACCAAUCCUCGGUGGAAUGGUUCGACGUCGAAGACGGCCCGUCCGGGCGAUCGCGUAACGUGGAACCUGCCCCAGAACCGACAUCCUCUACCACACGAAGAUUACGAGAUCUAUUCGCACCGCCCAACGGUCUAAUCAGCCGCCUACCCUUAGACGCCGCGCGAGACGUAGGAAAGGAAGAGAAGAAGUGGAUCCUUGUCAACCUUCAAAAGCUGGAUGACUUUCGAUGCCAAGUGCUUAACAGAGAUCACUGGAAGAAUGAGAGUAUCGUAUCUCUAAUACGGGAGCAUUUCAUUUUCUUACAGUACACCCUUGACGACCCGUUGGCACAAUCCUACACUGGAUUUUACUUCCUCAACCAAUCACACGAAGACGAGAACAACUACCCUCACGUAUCUAUCAUUGAUCCUCGCACAGGAGAACAGGUUAAGGUUUGGUCGGGCGAAUCGUUCCCCAGCCCGACGGAGUUUCACGCGGAUCUUGUUGAGUUCCUUGACCGCUAUAGCUUGGCAGCAAACAGCAAGAAUCCAGUAGUGAAGUCAAAGCCUAAGGCUAGGCCCGUGGAUAUCGGACGAAUGACGGAGGAAGAAAUGCUCGAGAUGGCAUUGAAGAACAGUCUAGGCGACGAUGGUGAUUCGCCGGGACCUAGUGUUCAGGAUCCGGAUGCGCUUACGAGAUCGAACGACGACAUUGGAAAAGGUAAAGGUAAAGAAGGCGAAGAAUCUAUUGAUUCAACUAGCGCAGCCCAACCCGAAUCACCGUUUACGCAAAUAUCAGCAACGAACCCACACACCGAGCCUGAGAAUAAUCCAGCGACUACGACGAGGAUACAGUUCAAGCACGCGGGCGGUCGUAUCAUUCGACGUUUCUCCAUCACAGACCCCGUUCGUCGUAUUUACGAGUGGCUUAAGGCGGAGCCGCUUGAAGGCAAGCAAGGUGUUACAUUCGAGCUUAAGGCUAUGCCAGCAGGCAGAGACUUAAUCGACGAACUCGAGAAGACAAUCGAGGAGGCUGGGCUUAAGCAAGGCACGGUUAUGAUCGAGUUUAUCGAAGACUCAUGAGAGAAGGGCAUACGAUGGACGGAUAUGGACAUGGACAUUGCUUGCCCGCACACAAGGGAUCGAUCAAUCAAUCAAUAGGGAGGUUACCGGAGUUGGACGAAUCGGAAACGCAUUGUUCUUUUCCCGCGACUUUGACUCGUUGCGUUUAUAGAUUUUUAACGUCAUAAGCCCCCCGAAGUUACGUAACGGCCGGCUUUGCUUUUUCGCUGCUACUGCUACUGCUGCGGCGGUGACUAUUAUUGAUACUUAGACAUAGGUAGUUAGGGUGGGCUUAGUAGCAUCCGAAUCCGUUUUCUACAUAGUAUUACUGUUCUUGUUCUCGUGUUAUGUUGGUGAUGUACGCUGU